AUGGCGGACCUGAAACAACUGGAAAUGCUUUGCCAAGCUCUUUACGGAGCACAGCAAGUACACCAGAACGAAGCACAUAAAGUAUUGAUGCCGCUGCUGAGAGAUGUCCAAAAAAUACCAGUACUUUACGAAAUCCUGGCAAAUAGCACGAAUCUACAAGCAUUAUUAUUUGCUUCCUCUGGACUUGUUACUCUUUUCACAAAUCAUUGGUCGCAAGUGACAGAUCAGUCGAAAAAUGAAAUGAGAGAAUUCCUACUCAAUUAUUUAUACAAUAGAGGACCGGAAAUGUUAAAAGUAGCCCCGGAAGUACUAAGACAAUUUAUACACCUUUACGCAAGGAUAGUAAAACUGGGCUGGCUGGAAGAAAUGAACAAUCAGCAACUUCUGACCCAUGUGUCCCAGUUCCUCUCAGCCACAACACAGCAUUGGAUUAUCGGAUUAAACAUCUACACAGACAUCACUCAGGAAAUGCAGCCCCAAAUGGGCAAGUUUAUCGCCAAAUUCAGAAGAGCCGCACUCAACUUCAAGGAAACUGUCCUCCAAGAUAUUUUUACAGUAACGAUACAGACAUUGGAACAGUUUAAUAAGGGAACGGUGGUAGUUACUGACUCGAAGGAGGAAAGCCAGUUGUUGUACCAGGUCCUGCAGUUGUGUUACAACUGCCUGAGCUUUGAUUUCAUGGCAACAAUGCCAGACGACACUUCUGAGGAGCAGGCGACGGUGAUGAUUCCACAGGGCUGGGACAUGCUGAGAACUGACGAGAUACCAAAACUUUUGUUCCAGCUCUACCAGAAGGCGUUCAACAAAAACGCCUCAGCGUCACCCAACAACGCAGGCUACUACAAUCCAGAUGACAAGUAUAUGAAGAGCGCAGUACUCUGUCUCAAGUGUCUAGUGGUCCUGGCUGCACUUAGGAAGUCGUUUUUCAAUAACGAAAACGAGGCACUAGGCCACAUCAACUGCUUCAUGCUGGGAAGCCUGGAGAUCAUCAGGACCAAAAUGGGCCUGUCAGAUGACGACUGCUACCAUGAACUAUGCCGCCUCCUGGGCAAAAUCAACGCUUCUAACCAGCUCUCGCAGCUCCUUCAAAGUAACGUCUUCCCAAUCUGGUCGGAACAGAUACACGCCUUCACUAUGGAAGCACUCGCCAAUUGGGCCCACUUGACUAACAGUAAACACUAUUUACUGGGAGUUUGGUCGCACAUGAUAGUGCCACUGGCUUACAUGAAGGGAAAGGCACCGACAGUGCUCGAGACUAACAUACUUCAAAUCACACUCGAGUUCUUAAAUACCAGACUUAAAAUGGCGCAAGUUCUUGUCACAAAGCCAGACGAGUUGGAAUUUGAGAACCCGUUGGAUGAUGAUAUUCUAAGGAACGAGCAGAGUGAGUUGUUCAGCAAGUUGUGCAGAAACCAAUACCGAGUGGUGCUUAACCACGUGCUCGAGUUGUACACGAGCUUAAACAAUAACUUGAACAACGAAGACUUGGCAGUUGUUCAGGAAAAGUUGGCAUGGCUAGUGCUCUUUAGCGGGUCAAUGCUGAACGGAAGCAGUUCCCUGCGUCUAGUGGGAGAGUACAACAACUCGUCAGUGUGCAUUCAGACACUGAACAUCGAACUGGUAGGGAAAGUCUUUCAAAACAUGAUCAACUCUGAUAAGAUGCCAGAAAACGUCAGACUAGAACUCAGCUACCUAUCCUUCCUCGGACACUUUAGGAAGUUCUACAUCAGCGAACAUACCAAAGGCACAAUAUCUGGAGAUAAUAAAGAAAGGUUCUCACAACUCCCAAAUCUACCACCAGGAGUAGAUGGAUCGCAAUAUUUGUUGAAUCGUAUGAUCGAGAAGGUAUUUUACAAUCUACAAAACAGGACGAAUGACGAACGAGUGGUGAAAAAGACACUCCAGUUCUUCUCAGAUUUGUCAUCGGGAAUAGAUAUCGUUCACUAUGCAGACCGUUCACCACACCUGAUAAUCUCAGCAAGACUCAUUCUCCAGUGCGACACGCUAAGAUUCGCACUACUGAACCACCACGACCCGUCAUUCAAGUUCCUGUUUAACCCGGCGUACGGCAGGUAUAGAACAAUAUACUACUCGAUCCUAACGAAGCUGCUGUUGCUGGAGAUUACAGACGAGCAGGACGCAAACGAAAAGUUCAACAUAUACAUGCAGUACCACAAUAACCUGAUUGACCAAAUGAGUAAUUUCUUCUCAUCUAACAGCCCGACGGUAGGUCUGACAUCAAACCUUGAACUCAAGGGAGUGAUUGUGGGAUUCAUGAGAGAUUUGAGAGGGAUCUGCAAAAGCUGCCUGACAGUUGAGUCAUAUCAGCUCUUCUUUAGCUGGAUAAUAAACACACCAAAACAGAUCAAUAACUGCAGAUUUAAUAUACUGAAGCGCGUUUGCGAGGUCUUUUACAACGAUUACGAAGUCAUGCUCCCACUCAUCAAGUUUCUGUCAGAACUACUGGACAACAAGGGAAGGAGAAUAACAUUCGACAAAACGUCAGCAAACGGACUUUUACUCUUUAAAGAAUCAUCAUACAUUGUCAUUUACUAUGGACUAAAGUUGCUGGAUCAGUUAAACGCACUCAAAACAAGUAACAUGACAAGUAUGGCAUCAGCCAUGAGUGGUUCAUUAUCAUGUAACGAGAAUGAAAUUUACAAAAAGUACUACAAGAGUAUAAGCUACUGUUUGCUGGUUCUAGUCCAUACUCUGGGAGGAGAUUAUAUUAGUUUUGGAGUUUUUGACAUCUACGGAGAUAACACCUUGGAUCAGGUUCUCAACCUGUCAUUCAGACUCAUUCUGGCUAUUCCACUUAAUGACCUCCAAUUCUACCCAAAGACCAUGCAUCCAGUUUAUUCAUUUCUGGACCUCGCAACGAGACUGUUCAUUGAUCAUGUGCUCACAUUAGAUAGCCCAAACGUUAGUCUGCUGGUCAACAUUGGGGUGGACGGACUAUGCAGCUACGACUCAAACAUAAGUCUCAGCAGCGCCUCUCUUCUAGACAACUUUGUCACAUACCUCUUCAACAACAAGAACAAGGAACCAGUGGUAAAGUUUUUGUCAGUAGAAAACAGUGUCCUCAUAAAGUGCAUGGUCUUGAUGUUUAACCUCCUCACCCGCGGUGAUUCGAAUUCUGCAUGGUCAAUUUCCCGUCCAUUGCUCGGCUUAAUUCUCCUCAACAAGGCCGAAUUCCAAAAAAUCCCCCACAGCUAUAUGGCGAACUUGUCACAGCAAAAGGGUGAAAAACUAAUGAAGUGCUUCAACAAUCUCCUGCUCGGGAUCGAGGAUGCCCUCACGCCUGAAAACAAGGACCUGUUCACCAAAAACGUCUACCUCUUCUCCCAAGAAGUUAAGCUUUCCUUCAUCUAG